CGACUACUGAAGGUGCCGCGCUGUCGGCGUUCGCUUCCCCUGGAAAAGCCCGAGCCGCGUUAUCGCCGGGCUUAGCGCUGCGCUGCCCCGAAUCGCCCCUAAAGAGGAAACCCGAGGCGAGGUCGCGCCUCGGUCCUCCGCUGCGGUCCCUGGCAGGCGGGAGCCGGCGCUGCGGGGCCUGCGGCGGAGCGCGAUACCCCUCCCCGGCCGCCCUGUCCACCUUGCCGGGGAAGGCGGAAGAUGCCAGUGAAGAAGAAGAGAAAAGCUCCCGGAGUGGCAGCGGCGGUCGCGGAAGACGCGGGCCUCAAAAAGUGUAAAAUCUCCAGCUAUUGCAGAUCCCAGCCUCCUGCUAGACUCAUCAGUGGAGAGGAAGAUUUUUCAAGAAAGAAGUGCCUGGCUUGGUUUUAUGAGUAUGCAGGUCCUGAUGAAGUUGUAGGGCCAGAAGGAAUGGAAAAGUUUUGUGAAGACAUUGGUGUUGAACCUGAAAAUAUUAUUAUGUUAGUUUUAGCGUGGAAAUUGGAGGCUGAAAGCAUGGGAUUUUUUACCAAGGAAGAAUGGUUAAAGGGAAUGACUUCAUUACAGUGUGACUGCACAGAAAAGUUACAAAGCAGGUUUGACUUCCUGCGCUCACAGCUGAACGACAUCUCGUCAUUUAAGAACAUCUACAGAUACGCCUUUGAUUUUGCAAGGGAUAAAGAUCAGAGAAGCCUUGAUAUUGAUACUGCUAAGUCUAUGCUAGCUCUGCUGCUUGGGAGGACGUGGCCACUUUUUUCAGUAUUUUACCAGUACCUGGAGCAAUCAAAGUAUCGUGUUAUGAACAAAGAUCAGUGGUACAAUGUAUUAGAAUUCAGCAGAACAGUUCAUGCCGAUCUUAGUAACUACGAUGAAGACGGCGCUUGGCCUGUUCUUCUUGAUGAGUUUGUUGAGUGGCAAAAAAUCCGUCAAACAUCAUAGCAAGAACUGUUGUGAAGACAAUGCAAACCUUGUGAAGAAAAUGCAAAGAGGAGGGAGAAUACACAGAGUGCAUUUUCACUCACGAAAGACUUCUCAUAGUACUUUUUCCUUUUUUUUAAAGGAAGUUUUCUUGUUACAUGUGAUGGGCAUUGAGCCACAUGUCUUCUGAGACUGAAUAUUGACAUUUUUGUUUCAAGUUAUGUUUUUAACAUUUAUUUCAGAACAAUAAAGAUUCAGAUUUGUGACAAAGGC